AGUGUCAAAAAGUUGUGAUUUAAGUUUGCACGAAUAUUUUUUAUUAAAUUUAUUGUUUAAACCGUGAUAUUUCACACAAUCUUACGGCUUUCUGUUGUUGAGUUUACGUUUCAAUAUUAUAGGCUGUUAAACUUUGAAGAAAAUUUUAUAUCGUGUAUGUUUACAUAAACCAAGCACCAAGAUCGAAUAAUGAUUUGAAUCACAAUGAAAGCGCAUAUAAAAUAGCUAGAACUAAGCGAAGUGUGAAGAAUAUCGGGAGUGCACAGUAGUAGUUUAAGUGUGGUGGUGCGGAUAUGGCAGACAGCGGUUCUUUUGUCGCGAAACCGGUGCGAGGUUGGCUUCACCCAGAUGCUGUGCUCGCCACCGACGGGGUGACAUAUGCGGUCCGGUACAUCGGUUGCAUGGAGGUGCUGACUUCCAUGAAGAAAUUAGACUUUGAAACAAGGUCCCAAGUUGCCAAAGAAUGUAUAGCUCGAGUGUGUGCAGCAGCAGGUCUGCGAUCAGCGGAUAAAAAGAGAAGAGUUUGUCAAGCGGCAGCCCGGGCCCUGGCACAAAGGCCUCGCAUGUCCCACUCCGGAGCCAACGUCGCGCUCACAGUAUCCUCCAAAGCCAUAACACUAUCAGAAUUGGAAGGCGGAGAGACAGUAGCUAGACACGACAUGCCCAGAGUGUCCUUUGCAUCAGGAGGAGAUUCCGACUCAUUAGACUUUGUAGCAUACGUAGCUAAAUCUGCACCACCAACGGAAUGGAGAGCAUGCUAUGUACUAGAAUGUGGUGGGCGGUUGGCACAGGAUGUAAUUGCAACAAUAGGACAAGCAUUUGAAUUGCGUUAUAAAGAAUUUUUGACGAAACCUUCAACGUUGAAUAUAAAUGGAUCUCGAGGGGCUUGCUCCGGGGACGAAGCGUCGUCGUCGGUGCCGCUGGACGACCGCGACUACUACAACGACAUGCCCGACAAGAUGCCGCCGGACGCCGCGCCCGCGCAUCGCCACCCGCCGCCGCCGCCCCUCGCCGCGCUGGCACCCCUGUCCUCGUGCGAGGAGAGCGUCAGGCACUACGUGAACCAAACGCCGCCGCCGCGGACCCCGCCCACUGCCCUGUUACCGAACCAUCACACCGACAUCUUCGAUAUGCAACCGUUCACCGCGACCCCCGUGACGUCAUCGGCGCCGUCAUCGUCCACGGCAUCGGUGUCGUCACCUGCUGCUGACGCCGAGCCGCUGUCGCCGCAGGCGCAGGCCGCGCUGCUGGCUAAGGAGCCCUGGUUCCAUGGACCUAUCUCCAGGUCUAGAGCUGAGAAGCUAGUGGUCGAGGACGGCGAGUUUUUGGUCCGCGAGAGCACGGGUUGCGCCGGGCAGUUCGUGCUGACGGGCGCGCGCCGCGGCGUGCACAAACAUCUGCUGCUCGUCGACCCCAACGGAGUGGUGCGAACAAAAGACAGCGUGUUCGAGAGUGUACCGCACCUGAUCAAGUACCACUGCAGCAACGAGCUGCCCAUCGUAUCGGCUGAAUCCGAGCUGCUUCUACGCAAGCCUGUGCCGCGCGUAUAAGCCCCGCCUCCCACGCCGGACCAUCCGAUGACGUCACGCCGCUUGCCGCCGCCGGAACAUCCGAUGACGUUGAAUAGGUAACCACUAUAUUUUACCGAUAGUAGCCAUCUUAUUUUCUGAUAGUGGUCAUCAUGUAUGUCAAACAUACAUAAUGACCAAAAUUCUUACCAACAACACCAACAUACUUCUCUUUUAACAAGAGCUGUUCUCUUGUUGCUCCUUAACGCCGCGGUAUCUCGACUUCAUUUUAAUUGUCGGUGUCGUGAACCUACCUAUUCGAAUCGGUAAUUUGACAUCUGAACACAUACAACCAAAAAGUGACGGAAGAACUUGCACCAAAAAUUUAUUGCCCUCAUUGGCCCCAUUUAUGUAUAACAAGGGCAUUCACUAAUUUCAUUUGUCAAAUUAAUAAGAUUAAGACAUAAAUAUCUAUUUUAAUAUUGUAAUCCUUGUCUCUAUUGAAUUGACUGUAUCGCAAUAAUUCACACCAUGCUUUCAGUGCCAGCCAAAUAUUUUUGAUGUGUAUCCGAAGAGGCGAGGUUUACAUCUACGGUGCGACCAAGCUAUCUUUGAAAUUAUUUGUUACAAAAAUAAUAGACAAUCUCCUACUUGACUCUAAUCAUCUGUGAGUAAAGUCGCUCUAUUGUGAGAGAGGCUGUUGUACUGUAGCAUUCACCUUUAUUUGUUACCAAUCAUUCCACUUGGUCGCGCCGAGUUUUAUUUUAAGAUGUCACCAUUAAAAUUAAAAGUUUAGCCAUUCAUAACACUUCUUUAGCUUUGCAACAGUAUAUUUAAAUACAUCAAUCAAAUAUUUAAAAGCAAUACAGGCUAAAACCUUUAAUUCCAUUUUAACGCUGAACUUUUAAAUUUAAAGGUCGAUAGGUGAACGCCUACUCAUCAUGUCGACCUUAACGUAAUUGAGAAAUAUCACUAAAGUCAUGGGAAUUAUUUUAUCCAGCAUACUUUGUACUGGCAUUAAAUCGCAUGGUCCCGUUUUUGUAUUGUACUUCACAUCAUACCUGAAUUUUAGUGAUAUUUCGCCGACAUUGAGUGCUAGUGUGAGCAAUUGGCCCCAAAUUUUUUGGUACCAUGUGUAUUUGUGUCACCAUGAUACAAUUUGAAAAAUAAUUAGCUAGGCUCUUAUUUUAAUCAAUCUCUCGUUGAAUAUAAAAUAAAAUUAUUUCGUAGUUCUUUAUGUGUCAAAUAUUUUAAAUAGACAGAUAAUGCAUCUGCUAAAUAAAUGAAAUAUCAGUUGUUAUGAUAGAUGCACUUAUAUUAUUCGCAAAUAGAUCACAAGAGUAUAUCGUCGUUUCAUAAAACAAAAUAUUAAAAUUGUUAUCUUGCACUCAUGUACUUGAAGUGACGACGCGAUGCGUAGUCGUGCGCUGCGCGUCCAAGCGUCCACGCACCGCGCGCUCUUGACACCCACUUGUAUGAUGUUGAAAUAUUGUCUAGCUAGUGCGUAGUUCUAUGCAAAUUAUAUUCCAAUAAAAUGUAUUUAUAAUUAUAUUUUUUGAUUAUUUACUAAAUGUAUGUUAUGGAAUUCUAAGUUGUUUACCAAAGCCACUACGGACUUGAUAUGAAAUGUGAUUUAUGGUAAUGUAUACAAUUAGUUGAAGCACUUCAACAAUGCACAUUGUUGUAAAGUUUUAUGUUAGUUAACUGCGAAAAAUGCAAUAUUUGUUACUGUGCAAUUACCAAUACCAAACUAGGUAUAUGAUGCUUAUUCAGGAAAUUAACUAAUAUUUUGCUAUGAAUUCUUUUACCGAGCCCACUCUAAUGUAACCAAUUUAAGAUUUUAUAUUGCGCUCUCUCAGAUUGUUAUUGUUAUUUUUACCGUGUUUUAUUUUAUAUUUAUACUCUUUUAUACGCACACAUCUGAUUUAAUACAAUACCAUACACAAUACAUACACUGAUUUAAUACAAUAUAGGUGCUAUAAUGCUAAUUACAGUAGAACGCCGAUUAUCCGACUUAUUUGGGACCGGGGUCGAUUCGGAUAAUCGAAAAUUCGGAUAAUCGGACUUAGACUGGUAAUAGAGAAAAACGAACUUUCGCACAUAGAACAAACUUUAAUAAGUUUAACAAACAGACAUAUUUCUAUUGAGCGAUAUUGUAGAACUGCUACAAUAACGCUCAGUUGAAAUAUAUCUGAGUU